CCCAACCAGUUCAACAUCCAAAUCAAUAAUCCCAACAAUCAAUUCACACAAUUUCACAAUCAAUCGCAAGAUUAAUACAAACAAGAUCCUAAUCUACAAAUUAAGGCUAACGAUAGAUAUUUGAGCAACGAAUCACCACAGCUCGAAAUGGAAGAAUUAAACUCGGGUUGGAGGAGGAGGAACCGCCGCUGCCCAUGUUCGACCGACCCGUGCACACCGGUGGAAAGAGAGAGGGAGAGAUGGUGGUCGCCUACUGUUUCCCUGGGACGGAGGUCGUCGGUGCUGCUGUGAAACCGUCGGACGACGAACAGCUACGCAGGGGAGUCGACGGAAAUUGAGCAAGAGAAAUGGACGGUGAAGAAUGAAGAUAAAGGGGUGGGUUGGAUGAAAUGGGUCCAGAAGCAGAGUGUAUGAGAUGGAACUUCUUCUCAAAAUUACCAGAGAAGCUGCGGGGAGGCAUUGAUCCCCAAACCCCCUUCCUUCUUGAUCUCUCUAAAACCUCCGGUUUAAUUCAAGGAGAGAAAGAGUACUAUGAAAAGCAGAUUGCCACUUUAAAGUCAUUUGAAGAAGUUGAUUCUUUGGACUCCUCCUCUAACUAUGGAGGACAAGAAGAGGAAGAAGAAGAAGAAGAAGAAGGCCGGAAAGAGCAGGCCCGGCAUGAAACGGCUAUGUCCAUCUCUAAUUACGCAAACAUCUUUUUGCUCGCUUUUAAGGUUUACGCCACCGUAAGGAGCGGGUCCCUCGCGAUAGCAGCGUCGACGCUCGACUCUUUGCUUGACUUGAUGGCAGGUGGAAUCCUGUGGUUCGCGCACUCGUCGAUGAAAAAUAUAAACAUAUACAAAUACCCAAUUGGGAAGCUGAGAGUUCAACCAGUGGGAAUCAUCAUAUUUGCAGCCAUUAUGGCUACUCUUGGUUUUCAAGUGCUAGUGGAAGCAGUAGAACAGCUGGUUAAAAGUGAGCCAACAGAUAAACUAAGUUCACAGCAAUUGAUUUGGCUGUACACUAUCAUGCUCACAGCCACUGCUGUAAAACUCAUUCUAUGGAUUUACUGCAAGAGCUCCCGAAACGAGAUUGUCCGAGCAUAUGCGAAGGACCAUUAUUUCGACGUGGUAACAAAUGUUGUCGGGUUGGUUGCUGCUGUUCUCGGGGAUAGAUUCUUUUGGUGGAUUGAUCCCGUCGGAGCGAUAGUCCUCGCUGUCUAUACGAUUACCAAUUGGUCUGGCACUGUCCUCGAAAAUGCAGUUUCACUAGUUGGACAAUCGGCUUCCCCAGAAGUUCUACAAAAGCUAACAUAUAUGGUGUUGAGGCACGACCCCAGAAUAAAACGAGUUGACACGGUCCGAGCCUACUCAUUUGGCGUUCUCUUCUUCGUCGAGGUGGACAUUGAACUCCCGGAAGAGUUGCCACUAAUUGAAGCGCACGCGAUUGGAGAGUCGUUGCAGAUUAAGAUUGAAGAGCUUCCCGAGGUGGAGCGUGCGUUUGUUCAUCUUGACUACGAGUGUGAUCAUAAGCCAGAACAUUCGGUUUUGAGUAAAAUCCCAAACACCACACCUUAACAUUGUGUGUGUGUGUGUGUGUGUGUGUGUGUUAGAUCAUGAUGUGUAUGCAUGUGUGGAUGAUGUGAGGAGGUUGAGUUCUCACAAGAUGGAGAUCAUCUGUCAUUGUUGUUGGGAAGCUGAGAAUUCAAAUUAUAAGGGUAAGAUUGUCAUUAUUUAAUAGGAUGGACCCGAAGAUCUACUUUCAAAGUGCACCUGGUGGGCCGGUCAGCAGCCUACCGGUUGGAUAAUCAGAGACGUGCUUGACGUGCUUAGGAUUAUUAUAAAUACCCCUAAAAGCCUCAUUUGUGAGGCAUGCUUUAAUUAACCUACACGGUUUGUAUUUGUAAUAACUCCCAUUAUCAUUAAUAACAAAUCGGGUUACAGGUG